CCCGAAGCCCGAGCCCGAGCUGAAGAUUGUGGAGUGUGAAGCCAGACAGCGGACAGGGAAAAACCCUCGAGAGUUAUCGUGGAUUUCGCUCGUGCGUAUGUCGGGGUUUUGGCGGAGGACUGGUUGUGAAGGAUUUUGCUCUUAGAUCCGUGCACUGACGGAGGAAAGAGCGGGAUCGUAGGUUUGCCUAUGGGAGCAGCGGUGGAUGCUCUGCUGAUGAGCGUCUGGAAAACAGCAGGUUGAAGUUGCUGAGCUCGACGGGAGGAUCUGGAGUGCGUGGGAGUCUAGGGAAUUGAGGAUCGAAUCAUAUUCUCUCGAAUUGCUGGUCCCGAAGUUUCACAUUGUACGCGGUCCCGUAGGUCGGCACAAUGGUGAAGGGGAAAAAGAGCGUCAAGAAGUAUGUGCAAAAGCACUUGGGCGCUGCAUUGAAGCAGCGGAAGAAGCUGAAGCCUAUGAAACAGGCAAUCCGGCGUCAACAAGCUGCGUUUAAACCUGACAAAUCAGGGGAAGAACAGAAGGAGGAGGUCGUCGAGAAGAAUGCGGGAAGCGCGUCCGAGCGACGAGAUUCGAGCAAGAAAGGUUCCUCGGAGGUUACCCAACACAAAGCAGAGUUGAGCGACUUGGCACAAAAGGAUCCUGAGUUUUACGAAUUUUUGAAGGAGCACGACAAAGAACUCCUGGAUUUCGAAGAUGAUGAGGAGGAAUCUGAUGAAGAACAGAAUUUGGACCUGGGUGAGGGCGAAGACGGUGAGACGGACGGACCGGCUGCCGGCGAGGACGAGGGAGAUGGUCAGUCUGUGACCCUGACGACGGCCCUCGUCGAUGAAUGGUGUGCAGCAGUGAAAGUGAAGACAAAUUACGGGAUAGUCCGGAAUCUGCUCCAGGCUUUCCGUGCAGCUUGUCAUUACGGAGACGGCGAAGAGCAGGAAAACUUGAACACGAAGUACAAUCUGGCAAAUAGUCACGUUUUCAACCGGAUCAUGGUAUUCGUCCUAGUUGAAAUGGAUGGGAUCCUGAAACACAUGAUGACGGCCAACGCAGCGGGUGGAAAAACGAGCCAAGACAACAUGCCCAAGGAUCCCCAGAAGAGUCCACGAUGGAAGAAAGUCGAGCCCUUGGUCAAGUCCUACCUCGGAAACGUUCUUCAUAUUUUGAAUCAGAUGACUGACAAUGAGAUGAUCUCCUUCACCCUUCGGAGGCUUAAAGUCUCUGUUCCAUUUCUCGUCGCGCUCCCAAGACUGUCGUUGAAAUUUCUGAAGGUAGCUUUGCACUUCUGGGGGAGUGGAGAAGGAGCCCUACCUGUCAUAGCCCUGUUCUUCGUCAGGGAAAUGGCGAUGAAACUUGACUCAGAAAUGUUGGAUGCGUGUUUGAAAGGCAUGUAUAAGGAGUUUGCUGCAAAUGCCAAAUUCGUGAACCCGACGUCAUUUCCCCGAAUCCAGUUCAGGAUGAACUGCGUUACCGAGCUUUACGGCAUCGACUCAAGCGCAUCAUACCAACUCGCCUUCGUCUUCAUACGGCAAAUGGCUUUUAUACUCCGGAAUGCAAUCACCGUGAAAACCAAGGACGCCUUCAAGAGAGUCUACAACUGGCAGUACAUCAACACCCUCCACCUAUGGGUCCGGGUACUGUCGACAUACGCCGCCCAAGGGGACUUGCAACCGCUUGUUUACCCCUUGGCGCAAAUCAUCGGGGGAGUGGCUCGGCUCGUCCCCACCGCUCGAUAUUUUCCUCUCCGGUUGCAGUGUGUGAAGAUGUUGAAUCAGCUCGCAGGUGCCACCGGUGCUUUUACUCCCGUGGCAGCGUUACUCCUCGACAUGCUGCAGUUCAAAGAGCUCCACAUGUCGCCCUCGGCUGGUGCAGGAAAAUCCGUCGAUUUCAACAGCAUUUUAAAGGUUGCCAAAACAGACGUCAAAACUCGAGCCUUCCAGGACGAGUGCGUCUCGACCGUCGUAGAACAGCUUGGUGAGCACCUGGCUCAAUGGAGCUAUGCCGUUGCAUUCCCCGAGUUGAGUGUUGUUCCUCUCAUUCAGCUGCGUCACUUUCAAAAGAAAACUACGGUCGACAGGUUCCGUCGACAAGUCAAGCAACUUGUGGAGCAGGUAGAGCGCAAUGUGGUGUUUGUCGGCAAGAAAAGAGAUGCGGUGACAUUUUCUCCCAAGGACAGCUCAUCUGUACAAUCCUUUCUCCAGGCUGAGAAGGAGGCGGGAGCCAGUCCGUUGUCGAAAUACUUGGUCACUCUUCGACAGCGUGCACAACAACGCAGCAGCUACCUUCACAAAACCAGUGAGAUCGUCGGCGACAUUGGCGGUACAAAGAAAUCACGCAAGAAUUCCCGAGAUGACUCCGAUGGUGAUGAUGACGAAGACGAGGAUGAGGACGACGAAGGCGGUGACGGUGAAGGAAAUGGCAGCGAAGAAGAUGACGAGGAGAAGGCUUCGAAGGUCUUCAGCAAAGACUGGCUUCCACAAAAGAAGUCGAAGGAGGAGGUCGAGCAGGAAAGAGCAUCGGCCAAGCAGUCCACGGCGAGGCGCGAGUCCAACCCCGACGACUCGGACGAGGACGAUGGUGACAUCGUGGAGGACCUCCUGAUGUCCUCCGACGACGAAGAAGCGGACGACGAUGUGUACGCCUCCGAGGACGAUUCCGACGAUGCCGCUGAAGGUCCUCGAGCACCUCCUUCGACCAUCAAGAAAAAACGAGGACCUCAACGAUCGCAAGGGCCGGGUGACAGAUCCAGCAAGAAACCCCGGCGGAAGAUGAAGACUAGUAAUGGCACCAGCAAGGCCAAGCCGUCAAAGCCCUCCAAAUCGAAAAAGUAGUACAUCCGAUUAGACGAAUGUAGUUUUGUAAUGCACGUAGUAGAAAUAGAAGCAGUAGCACUCCCUCUCUCUCUCUCGCCAUUCCGGAAGCUUCGAGAUUUAGCGCAGAGAAUUUUUUUCCUGGUGGAUUAGAAUCGGCCACCAGCAGUUUCUGUAACGUACAUGCUCCACCUCAAUAACGAGGAUACAUUCUUGCAAAGGAUACAAAGCGCUGGCCGGCAGCUGUGAAGAGGAUCCAUGAAGUUUUCAACUCCCACGGGGUGUUGCCGAUCAAUUGUGAAUCAUUUCCGAGGGUAUCCAGGAAAAAACUUGACAGUCAACGACUCUUCAAUAUGAACCUAUCAAACCUC